AUGGCAGACAUGGAGGUGAUUUUGGAGCAAAUUUUUGGAGAAACGUCACUGGAAAACGCAGAGAGCCCUUCUAUGCAAGAUGAUGAAAACAUCAACGGUGACGCGCAUGUAGGUGAACAGUCCGACAAUGAAGAAAAUGGGGCAUACGAAUGUAUACCUGAUUGUGAUGAAAGUAUUAAACCCUUACUUGGGCAACGGUUUUCGACGUUAGACGAAGGUGUUGGGUACUACAAAGAAUAUGCCGCAUUUGUAGGUUUCGAUGUCCGGAGCAGCACAAUUAAGAAGAACCGACAUGGAGAUGUAGAACUGAAGUAUUUGCUCUGUUCAAGAGAGGGGUACACAGUGACAAAGGAACAAAGGUCAACAACCACAGGGGAGGCCAACGGAGCAAAUAUAAACACACGCCGACGUGUGUCAAACAGGGUUGGGUGUAUGGCUCGGUGUGCCUUGAAACGUCUAAAAGACGGGCAUUACGCAAUUAAUGUGUUGAUUGAAACUCAUAAACAUCGUUUAUGUGACAAAGAGGCAAAAAAGUUCCUCAAGAUAAACCGCAACUUGGGAAUCGGGCAUCAAGCAUUCAUAGCAGCAUGUGAAAAGGCUAACAUAGGGACUUCAAAAGCGUUUGAGCUAUACAGCGUACUUGGCGGUGGUGUAGAUAGCGUUGGUGCUACAUGUAUUGACUUCAGGAAUUGCAGAAGGGAUGUUCAGGCGCAGGUACACGAUACCGAUGCACAAUCAAUUAUAGAGAAGUACACGAAGAAAAAAACGUUGUUUGCUACAUACACGUUUGAUUACGACGUUGAUGCCGAGCAAAAACUGUGUAGAGUGUUUUGGUGUGACCCAAUAGCAAAGCAGAAUUACCUUCAGUUUGGGGAAAUGGUUUCAUUUGAUGCAACCUACCGCACAAACAGGUACAAGAUGGUGUUUGUACCUUUUAUAGGGAUUGACAACCAUAAAAAGUGUGUGACAUUUGGAGCUGGCCUCAUCUCUAGAGAAGACAAGACAUCGUAUGCCUGGUUACUAAAUGCAUUUAAGCGCUGUAUGGGGCAACCACCAACAUGUAUAAUAACAGAUCAAGACCCUGCUUUGAAAGAGGUAGUACCCGAGGUGUUUCCCGAGAGUAGACAUCGUUUCUGCAUGUGGCACAUCAUGACAAAAUUGGUAGAAAAUAUGGGGGUGACCUUAGCAAAAGAUGAAACGUUUCGAACCAAAUUAAAUGGUGUUGUGUGGAACGAAACGUUGGGUCGAGAGGAUUUUGAGAGGAGUUGGCACGCAAUAAUGGGAGAGUACGGAUUAGAAGAUAAUAGGUGGUUCACACAAUUAUUCGACGCAAGAGAACAUUGGAUAGAGGCGAAUUUUGAAGGAGUAUUUAUGGGUGGCCUAAUGCGAACAACAUCAAGAUCAGAGGCAGAGAAUGGAGUGUUUGGAUCCUGCAUCAAUGAGCAUGGAACGUUGUUAGAGUUUUUCACGCAGUUUGAUAGUGUGAUUGAAAUGCAACGACACAGACAAACUCAAUUAAUUGCAGAGAGCGAGACCUCCACUCCAAGAACGAAGACCCCUCUAUUGAUUGAGAAGCAUGCAGCGUCGAUAUACACGAUCUUAGUCUUCUACGAUGUGCAGGCAGAGAUUUUUGAAGGGUGUUUUUCGUGCAAAAUAACAUGUAGGGGAGCAGAUGAAGAUAUCACAGUGUACACAAUCAAGGAGGGACAAACGAAGAGUUUUCAAGUAAGGUAUGCUAGGGAAAGGGGGGAGAUACAGUGUUCGUGUGGGAAAUUCAGCAGAGUGGGGAUAUUGUGCAGGCAUGUUUUCGUGGUAUUAAAGGAUGAUGAUGCAGAAAUGAUUCCGCCAAAGUACAUAGUACAGAGAUGGACCAAGAAAGGUAAUGCAAAGGAGAUAGAUGCACACACAGAAGACAAAGAUGAGAGUAAAAUAUUAGGCAAGGUAUGGAAUGAGUUCAACAACUACAUGGCACUAGCAAAGGGGAACAUUAAAGAUGUGCAUGAGAUAUUAAAUUUUAUGCAAGAGAAGAAAGGUGGAAUGAUGAAGAGACAGGGGAUGAUGGAGGCGAAAAGGAAAAACAGUGAUUUAGUUGAUACGUUUUAUGGAACAGGAACAACCACUACUAUAACAAUAAAGCCACCACCAAUAUCGAAAAACAAAGGAAGUGGGAAGCGUUUAAAGAGCGCACGCGAAAAAGCAUCAGACAUGAAAAAGAAUGAUGGUCGCAAGUGUAAUGGAUGCGGACAGAAACCAGCACGACACGACUUUCGUAACUGUCUCAUGAAUCCAAAGAACCAGCAGAAAGCAAAUAAGAAUGAUAAUGCGUAA